GUUAAAAUAAGGACUACAUAAACAAUAACAAAUUAAUUCUAUUCUAGUUCAAGAGUCUAGAGAAAAAAACAUUGGAAAUAAUUCAUCAUGUCCAAAAGAUGCUGUGCACAACAUUGUUUCAAUUGCACUUUAUACACAAAAAAUAUUUCCUAUUUCAGUUUCCCCAAAAACAAAAUGUUUGCAGAUCAAUGGGCUGAUUUAGCCGGACGCAGUGACCUCAAGGAAAAGCCACUAACUCGUAUCAUUAAGUAUUUUCUAUGCUCAGAACACUUUACAGCCAAUUGCUUUCAUGACAAAGAAACAAGACAAAUUCUCAAGAGAGAUCUUCCUCAUUCAAUUGCGCUUCCUUCCAUUUUUAAAAAUAAUCUUCAUGAAACAAUGCAAAUCUCCAACCCAAAACAAUCAAUCGAAGUUCAUAAUAUCGUACUCCUUCAAAACGACGAUGAUGAGAGUAAACCAAACAACAGUAUUCUCGGUUAUGAAAUCGAUUCGAAUAGUUUGAGUGAAGAAUAUUCCUGUGAUUCAGAAAAGCCAAGUAGAAAAGAAAUCUGCAAAACGAUACAAGAUGGAAGGGAUGUUCUAGAAAUAGAAUGUCUUGAGUCGGAAGAACAAGAGAGUCACCAACAAGACGAGAAUGGAGAUAAUUUGAAUGCCGUUUAUCUACCAUAUCAAUGUAGACUUUGUUUUAAAGAAUUAAAAAAUGAUGAUCUCAUAACAGCAUUCGAGGAUUCCUUACAUUUACAGGAGUUCAUAAGUAGAGUCAUGAGUGACAAGAUAACUGUUGGUGAUGAAUUUUCCCAAGUUGUAUGUAAAAAUUGUGAAAAUAACUCAUUGCUGUGCCUCAUAAUAAUCCAACAAAUGGAUGCAACUCAGCAGAAAAUCGCAUCUUCUAGCGAACACCUUACAUAGCACAAACGGAAAGUCCAAGACCCCAUUUCGAAUGAGAAGGUAACGAUGGCUUGUAGUUAAAGACAGACUUUGAUUUAUGUUUUUAGAAAUUAUGACACAUUUUGUAUGCACAAUGAUUGAAAAUUUAGAAAUUGUAAAUAGAUUAAUAAACUGAUAAAGAAGA